GACCCUGGCUCAGCGGAGCGGUUCGUUUCGCGUGUCUUCGCAGAACAGCGUGCGUUCAAGAUUGCCCUUGUUGGUGCGGAGACAGGCCAGGCCCUUGACCCCUCAGGCAUGCUGGCGCGAAUUCAGGAGGACCUCUUUGCGCGAGUCCGCAAUGACUUCCCUUUUGACGAGGGCGCUGCUAUCGCGCAGCGGGAUCUGGUCACGUCCAUCCGGGCUGCUGGGGGCGGCCCGGAAUUAGUGUCGCCGCUUGGCGCGCAGGAGCCGUUGUACACUAUACGCGAGGUGGAUGACAUGCUUGAUGCUCUUAAGCCGACGUCGGCUGCUUUGAAGGGGUGUUACGCGUCCCUGAAGUCAUCUGUGCCAAUGGGCCGGCGGCUUACAAGGGCAGUGGCGAAUAUCUCUCGGCACUGCGGUCUCACCAGCAAUCUGUGGUCGGCCCGUCAGAUCUCACCCCUGCAUAAGUCGGGGCCCCGCGUGGUGCGUCAACUCAACUGCCUGCGGCCCAUCUCCAUCUCCACCGUGAUGGCAUCGGUGGUGGAUGGCCUUUGGACCUCCCGGAAUAGGCGUCGGCUUGAGGCAUAUUGUGGGGUGGCCCAGCAGGGUGGGGUAGGUGAUCCGUUGGUUCUCCUAAUUGCCCUCCUCCUCCAUGCCCAGUGCCGAAUGGCCCAGGGCCUGCCGAUUUAUUGGGCGGUCACUGACCUGCAGUGGGCCUUCGAUGUGGCGUCCCACCUGGCCAUGCUCAUCAACGCCCACUCGGCGGGAGUACGAGGUGCCGACUGGUUGCUUCUAGAUGACUUCAUUGCCUCCGACUGCCAAUUCGUGGCUUUGCAGGGCCUCGCGUCGUCGUCUUUUGAACUCGGGGGCGGCGCUGCCCAAGGUCGGCGGUUUAGCGUUCCAGUUUUCAACGCUCAGCUGACAUGGCUCUACCACGAGCGCCCCGCGGAGUUCCUGAACCUUGAUUUUGGCCCGCCCACGUGGCAAAUGGGGGUGGUGUGGGGUGGCAAGGUGAAGUCAGCCACCCGGCACGGGCUCAUAGUGAGUCGCAGUGAGCGGCCAGGUGUCGAGCGCCUCGUGGUUACGGCCGCAGUGGUUUGGUGGCAGUGCCACCAGGUGUGGAAACGCUUUGACGUGAGGCUGGCAGACCUGACCACGGGGGCCACGAUGCCUCCCUCGGAGAUGUUUGAGGCCGUCCAACGCGAUCUUGUCGCGCGCGAUAGGGGCGAUUUUGAGCAGGACCCGGAGGCCGCGGAGGCCAUGGAGAGACAGGCCCCUGCAGGGAUGCGCCUGACUACGGGCCUGAUGGACCUGGCGCGAGCCACCUGUGUGACUGCGAGAAUCUGGUCGCUGCGGCAGAUCACGCCUCUUCGCAAGAGUGGCCCAGCCACCGUGCGUGACGUGUCCGCCUUGCGGCCGGCAUCAAUCGCCACGGAUAUGGCGUCUGUUCAGGACGCUUUCUGGGUUACUCGGAACAGCGGUCUGCUAGACGCCCUUACUAUUGUCGUGGGCUCGGUCCUGCAAGCCCAGCUGCGCCACGCGCAGGGCCUCCACACCUGGUGUGCCCUCGCGGACGGGAAGUGGGCUUUUGAUGUGGCGUCGCGCCAUGCCAUGCUGUUAGGUGUCUUCCAGGCCGGCGUGCGUGGGCCGGAUUGGCUAAUCCUAGACGACGUACUGGCGCAGGAUCACCAGUGCCUGUGCGUGCAUGGGCUGCUCAGCCUGGUCUUUAUGCUGCUGCGUGGCACUGCCCAGGGCAGGCGUUUUUCCGUGCAUGUUUUCAACGCCCAGCUCCGCGGGCUCGCGGAUGACAUAGCGGACGUGCUCCCACAGGGCUGUAGCACGAUCGUUCCGCCAUUCGCCCGGGCAGCUAUGCUCGACGCGGUGGAAGACGCGCCGCAAGUGCACUGCGUCGCCCCGCCGCGGGGGGAGCUCCAGCUCGACGGUGUCGUGAGGGAGGCGUCGCGUCUGGCAGCGGCGGUAUUGACGCCAUGGCCGCAGGCGGGGCACUUCCUAAGCGGGGCCCUGAGUGAGCUGUCGUCGCUGGCCGAUCGCAUUGACGUGGUGGAGCGGGCCCCAGUUGUGCUCACUACGCGUCUCCUAGGCGUCCUAGUGGACGCUGGCCUCACCUUUCAGCCGCUGCUCCAGGAGACACUUGCGAGAGGCAGGAGCCUUUUUGAAGAUUUACUGCAGGCGGCCGAGUGCGGUGGCUUCUCUGUCCCGGUCACCGCAGCGCAAGUCCCCCCGCGCGUGGAGUCGGUUAUCCUUUACGCCUCUCCACUUCUGGCUCUAGCCGCAGGGGCUGAAGCAGCGCUGAACCGCCUCCAGGUUGAGUGGGGCUGCAAGCUCCUCGGCUGCCACACGGGCCCGCCUGUCCGUCACAGUGUGGUAGUGGCCCACUGCGGUUGGCCGCUGAAGCUGGGCACGAAGUUUUUGGAGCGCGCCUUGAUGACGCAAGCCAGGCUCGCCGUUCUUCCGUUGGACCACCCGGCGUCCCGGGCCUGGCAGUCUUCACGGAACACGCACGUCCCAUCCUGGGGCACCGCAGUGACUGCACUAGCAGGGCGCCUUCCGUCGCCGCCGUUGAUGUUGGAUAGACACCCGGCUUGUGUCGGGGAGCAGCUGGAGGCUGCGAGAUGUCAUCCCGAGCGGCGGAGAGCCCUCUUGGGGUGGUAUCGCUGGCAGGUCGUCCGCCCGGCGUUGCUCGAGUACGACCAGCAAGCGUUCAGAAAGGACUUGCUGGCAAGAGACGGCCCGCGCAUCCAAGACGUUGCCCCAGAAUUGGCCCUGCAGGCGUGUCGCACGAUGAGUACUCUGCGGGACGAGGCCGCAAGGGCCAAGCACCGCCCGGUCGGGCGGGGAGGGCAGCUGGAGGUGUUGCAGAUGUGGGGGCGCGAUGGGGUGUGA